AUGGUCAAUCCUGUUUCGAAGGUCAAGAUUGUUAAGAAGCGAAAUAAGCCUUUCAAAAGGCAUCAGUCGGAUCGUUAUAAAUCUGUGAAGGAAGCAUGGAGAAAACCGAAGGGUAUUGACAAUCGAGUCCGACGUCGAUUCAAGGGACAACUCCCAAUGCCUAAGAUUGGUUACGGUUCGAAUAAGAAAACUCGCCAUUUGAUGCCUAACGGAUUCAAGAAGUUUCUUGUUUCUAACGUUCGAGAAUUGGAAUUGCUACUAAUGCACAACAAAACAUAUGCUGCUGAAAUUGCCCACAAC